AUGGAAGGUAGUAAAGCUUUUGUUCUUCAACAUGGUGGGAAAGCAUCAUUCUUUGAUUGUCAUCGCCAAUUUCUUCCUCUCAACCAUCCAUACAGAAGACAAAAAGAUAAAUUCAAAAAAGGUGUCAUAGAAAGGAGUCCACCCCCUCCUCGUUUGUCUGGUGAUGUUAUACAAAAUCGGGUAAAUUCACUACCUGAUAUUGUAUUUGGGACAACUAGUGGGAAGCAAACAAUACCUGGAUUUGGUGUACACCACAAUUGGUGGCUAAAGGAUUUGAGAUUGCCUGAUGGAUAUGCUUCCAACAUUGCACGGGCUGUAAGUGUGGAGGACUGUAAGUUUUUUGGAUUAAAAAGUCAUGACUGCCACAUAUUGAUGCAAAGAUUGAUACCAAUCGCAUUUCGUGACAUAUUACCUAAAGCAGUUUGGGAUGAAUUAACUGAGCUUAGUCAUUUUUUUAGGGACAUUACUGCAAUUAUACUAUUUGUGGACAAUAUUGAGAUAUUAGAAAAAAACAUUAUUGAAACAAUUUGCAAGUUAGAAAAGAUAUUCCCACCAGGUUUCUUUGACUCAAUGGAUCAUUUGCCUAUUCAUAUUGCUUAUGAGGCCAAAGUAGGUGGACCAGUGCAAUAUCGUUGGAUGUAUCCAUUCGAGCGGUUCCUUUUUUACUUAAAGAAAAAAGUUCAAAAUAAAGCUUCAGUUGAGGGUUCAAUUGUCGAGGCGUACAUUAUUGAGGAAAUAUCAACCUUUUGUUCUCAUCACUUUGAGCCACAAAUCCCAAUAAGAUUAAAUAAAGUUCCAAGAAAUGAUGAUGGGGGAAACAUUGAACCAAUGGGGCGCAUUUCAAUUUUCACUCAUUCAGGUCGACCUUUUGGUCGAAUACCGCAUAGAAGGAUCAUGUCAAAUGAGGAGUAUUCUGCUGCUCAUAUUUAUGUAUUGUUGAAUUCAUAUGUAGAGAAGAAUGAAGUUGAAGAGCGCAUCUACCAAAUAGCUCAAGGCCCUGGACGUACAGUUCAAUCAUAUAAGGGGUACUUUGUGAAUGGUUUUAAAUUUCAUACACAUGAUUAUGGUAGAGAUCGAAAAACAUUGAAUAGUGGUGUUUGGGUGAAAGGAAGUUGUUACAAUGAAUAUGAAAGUGAUUAUUACAAUUUGUUGAAUGAGGUACUUCAGUUGGAGUAUUUUGGAGUAGGAAACAAUAUAAUUCUUUUCAAAUGUGAAUGGUUUGACACUAAUAAAGGGAUAAGAGUCCAUCCUCAGAAUGGGCAUAUAGAAAUUCAUCCCAAAUCAAGGCUUGCCUCUAAUGAUCCAUUUAUUUUAGCCCUUCAAGCUCAGCAACAAGAAGAUGAUAUCUCUCGACCUUUAGAAAUUUUACCAACUACUGAACUUGAUGAUCCAUGCUUGCUAUUUGAUUCGAAUCAUAUAGUAGAGUUAGAUGAAAAUGAAUUGCAACAUUUAGUGCAACCGAGUAGAGAGGAUGAGGAGGAGGAGGAGGAAGACGAAGAGGAAGAUGAAGACGAAGACGAAAAUGAAAACAAUAAAGAUGAUGAUAGUGAUGAUGAUUGA